ACACUAAGAUCUACUCCGUUGGACAAAUGUGCAACAGUUCCACAGGUGUAAAUCUAAAGAUGACUAGCACCUGCCAAGGUUCUAGUUGCCCAGAAAAUCACGUGACUUCAGGGAACAACCCAACCUUUGACCCGUUCAACUCAAAUGUCUACAAAUCAUGCCGUGAUGUCAUCAGCAAUGAAACAAGAAAGGUCGUGACCCUUACAUCCGGGCUUGUCGUCAUGUGUGACACAGUGACAGACGGUGGAGGAUGGACCAUCUUCCAAAGACGUGUGUCUGGGACCGUAGAUUUCUACCGCGGCUGGGAGGAGUACAAACACGGGUUUGGGGAUUACGGCAUUGGGGAAUUUUACCUGGGCAAUGAAAAUAUUUUCUGUCUGACUUCUAAAGUUGCCCACGAACUCCGGGUUGAUCUAGUCUACAACGGGACCUACUACGCCAAAUACUCCAGCUUUAAACUGUCCAACGAGUCUGUAGGCUACAAGCUUUCUAUUUUGAAUUACACUGGCAACGCUGAAGACUCUUUGUCUGUACAUAACAACUGCUUGUUUACGACAUUAGAUAGAGAUAACGAUACAUAUGUUAAUAACUGCGCAGUUGAAUUCAUUGGAGCCUGGUGGUACAGUUCUUGUCAUAGCUCCAACUUAAAUGGACAAUGGGGAAACAUGAACUAUGGUAAGGGCUUAAAUUGGAGGACCCUAACUACGUACUACGAUAAUGUGUUGGUUUCAGAAAUGAAGAUGAGGUCAAUAGUUUAAUGUAGGCCUAUAGCAAUUGCACCG